AUGGGAAAUAUUUGUAAACCUUAGGUUUAGUUACCAGAAGAAAAUGAGGUAGAUUUAAAUAAAAAAGUUGAAAUUGAGGAACAAAGGAAAAAAGCAAAUCAUAAAUAAGAUAAUGUAAAUGACUAAAAAUAAGACUCUAUAACCGACGACCAAAAGCAAUAAUAGGACAACUAGGAUGGAUAAAAGUUGAGGAGUGAAAAUAAUCAAGAAUUAAAAAGAAGAGAAAACAAAAAGAUGGCAUAAAUAGCAGCUGUUAUUGAUUAGGAAGUAAUAUAUGAAAAUAUCUAAAAACAAGAUAAAGUGAAAAGUCCUUUUGAUUAUUAACUAUUAUUGAAUGCAUUUUCUAAUAGUUUCAUAUUUGCUCAGUUGUAAGGCGACGACAAGUAUCAAAAAUUGAAUAUUAUUUUGAGUAAAGGUUAUUGA